AUGAACCGCCCUCAGUUCCCACCUCCUCGUCCGUAUAUCUCCCCCUUCGAUCGUAUCCCCAUGUGCGUCAUUGUCGAGCUCAUGGUUUCCAUGACUUUCGCCGAUAUCGUCUCCUUCAUCCAAACCUCGCGCACCCACUAUCACAUAUUCCUGCUUUUUCAUACCCAAAUCAUCACCCGCCGCGUCCGCCGCCUCUUCGGUCGCUGUGGCCCCGAGAUCCUCACGAUCCUGCACUUCCAGCGUCCCACCACCCUCCAUGCACCCUUUACAACGCUGCCGAAGGACUUCUUCCUCGUCCCCGACGACAUUCCCAACCUCCGAAAGAGCUACCGUGUCUUCCGCAGCGUCGAGAAGAAGUUCUACGAGCAGCAGCGUGCCAUACGUCUUGGCUAUAUGGCUAUGGGAAGACCUUUCGACGGAGAGUGGACGAUCUCGCUGGGCCGUUUCUUUGCGGCCUGGCUGCACGCCAUCCAGUUCCAGUACGACGACAUGAACCCGUUCCUGCUACGCCGAAGGCUGUCGCCAAGAAUUCUGAACAGCUUGUUUGACCUUUCGACCGCAGUGUUGGCCUCCGACGGCUAUGAGCUGAUGAAGCAGUUGACAGCGAAGCGUGUGGUUCCGGGGGGGCUGUAUGUGCCCAACCUGUUCGCUUCAUGUGUCGAGUGGAUGCCGUCCUGCCUGACCAAGCCAGAGCACUUUAGGGGCCAUAAUGAGGUCGUGAGGAUGAAGCUUGUGCACCAUUUCAAUAUCCGCGUGCUCUCCGAUUAUCCGGCCGAGCGUUGGGCGGAGGUUAUUAAGGUCCGCAUUUUGGGUGGGAUGGUCGAGAGCUUGAUGGAUGAUUUUGGGGACGGAAGAGUGGGUACCAUUGGGCGCAUCAUUCAAUUUUAUGGGCUUGAGAAGUCGGCUUGGCCGGAGGGCAGCAGGGGUUGA